UCUUACGUCUUCUACAGACAAGAACUAAACAAAACAUUGUGGGAGGUGCCUGAUAGGUACCAAAACCUGACACCAGUGGGUUCUGGGGCCUACGGUUCCGUGUGCUCAUCAUUUGACACUAGGACAGCAUUGCGUAUUGCUGUAAAAAAACUCUCUAGGCCGUUUCAGUCCAUCAUUCAUGCCAAGCGAACAUAUAGAGAACUCCGUCUGCUUAAGCAUAUGAAACAUGAAAAUGUCAUUGGACUCCUAGAUGUUUUCUCACCUGCAAAAUCAUUUGAGGAAUUCAAUGAUGUAUAUCUUGUUACACAUCUAAUGGGAGCUGAUCUCAAUAAUAUUGUUAAGUGUCAAAAGCUUACAGAUGACCAUGUACAGUUUCUUAUCUAUCAAAUCUUGCGUGGCUUGAAGUAUAUUCAUUCUGCAGGCAUUAUCCACAGAGACCUAAAACCUAGCAAUCUUGCAGUGAAUGAAGACUGUGAGUUAAAGUUCUAAAGGAUACGCGCUGGG